AUGAAUUGGAAUAAAGGAGGGACAAAAUCGGGUGUCAACAAGAAUCAGGAUCAAAUUGUUAAGGUGGAUAAUGAAAAUUUACAAGUAGCUAUAAUUGAAGGGGAGGAGCCAAAAAUAGACUUGGAUGAGGAGUCAACUGCUCAAAACUUUGUGAAUGCUGCUAUGGAGGGAGAUUUGUCUCCCAAGCAGGUAGAGAAAGUUAUUGGAAAUGGAAGGAGGAAACCAGUCAAAGACAUGAAUGCAUCGCAUACCACUGGGGCUUACAAGUUAGAAUCUUAUAGGAGAAGGCUUGGACUUCAGACUGCACUGAGUAAUUUAUCAGGAAAAAUCUGGGCUUUCAUUGAUGAGGAAUAUGAAGUAACAGUGUCAAUGGACACUGAUCAACAACUUACCUUGAAAUUAUUCAACUGGGAUAUUGAUCUUGAAAGGAUUGCCACUUUGAAUGGUAGGUCUGCAGAUGAAUGUGUGUUCAAGAGAUUAGAUAGAUGCUUGGGAAACUUUGAACUUCAACAACUAUUUCCAGGUCUGGAAGUUAGUCAUUUGAUCAAGCUGGGAUCUGAUCACUUUCCACUUCUGCUAGAAUAUGUGGUGGCUAAUUCUUUCAUGACCUUUAAUGUCAAAUUAAAGAAAUUGAAGAAGGUUUUGUCUCAGUGGAGUAAAGCAACGUAUGGUGAAUUUUUCCAGAACAUCACUAAUCUUGAGGAAGUCAUCAAAACUCAUGAGACACUGUUUGAGGCAGAUCCUUCUCAUGCCAACAGGGAGAAACUUCAAAAAGUGCAGGCUGAGAUGACAAGAGUAUUGCAUAUAGAGGAGGAAUAUUGGAAGCAAAAAGCUGGCAUGACCUGUUUCCAAGAGGGGGAUAAGAAUUCCAAAUUCUUUCAUGCACAUGUUAAAGGAAGAAGAAAAAUGUUGCAGCUAAAAAGAAUUCAGAAUUCUCAGGGUCAAUGGCUAGAGACUGAACAUGAAAUUGCUGAGGAGGCUGUUAGGUUCUAUCAAGCUCAAUUUCAUGAAACAGUAGUUCCAACUCAGUUUGACAUCUUAAAGCAUGUACCUAGCAUGGUCACAAAUGAGCAAAAUGAAGAGUUGACUGCUGAUCCUACCAUGGAAGAAAUCAAGCAUGCAAUUUUUGGUUUGAAUAAUGCAAGUGCUGGAGGGCCUGAUGGUUUCACAGGAAUGUUCUUUCAAGUACGUUAG